AUGAAUCAGAACAACAUUUCGCGACUGGUGAAACUGGAGAAGAAUGACGACAUCAAGCACCUCAACCUGGCCGCCAAUGACAUGACGGAAAUCGACCACUUUGCCUUUGAGCAGACGAAAAAUCUAAUCUCCCUUGACCUGAGCUACAAUCACCUGACCAAGUUAGAUGAGACGCUCUUUGACAGUCUUGAGACGCUGCAGUCCCUUAAUCUGUCCUAUAACAAGCUAGAGUACUUGCCUAAUGAUAUUUUCAAAAAGUGUGACCGCCUCUUUGAGCUCCGUUUGGCGCACAAUCCCCUGAAGCAGAUCAACGCUCAGACGUUCUUCUUCCUGCAACAAGUUGAAAUACUUGAUCUGUCACAGAAUGAGAUUUUUUCGCUAGAAAGUGGCACCUUCCACUCGAUGGGCAAGUUGGACACACUGGACCUUUCUGGAAAUGACUUUGAGAGCGUUCCGAUCAAUGCACUGCGAAACACAC